AUGGCAAUCGAGUUGAUAACAAAGGACAAUGAGGACAACGAGGACAUCCCCAAGAGUUUAGUGUUUCUAUCGGCACGAAGACUCCCACACGGCGGAGUACUCUAUGAACUGGACUCAACAGAAUCCGCCCUAUGGUUCAACAACCCAGCAAACAAGAGCAAGUUCCUCGAACACUUUGGAGUAGAGGUUGUCAUCAAAGACCGGGCCUUCCAUGUACUAAUCGAAAACGUCCCGAUCUCUUUCAUACCGGACAACCAUGCGGCAAUAGACGACGUCGAAAAGAAGGCCGGCCUCAAACCCAAAUCCAUCUGCAAGGCAAGAUACAUAAAGCCCGUCGCCAGAUGCAACCCAGGUCAACGCACGGCUCAUGUCAUCUUCACCUUCAGUACGAAGGAGGGAGCCAAUCACGCAAUCAAAUUCGGGCUAGCUGUCGCAGGUAAGAAAGUAUAUGGUAGGAAAUUGAUACAGGAACCUACCAGAUGCCUCAAAUGCCAUUCUUUCAACAGCGCACAUGUAGCAGUUGAAUGCCCACAAGAACACGAUACCUGCGGGACAUGCGGUGGUCAACAUAGGACAGCAGCAUGUACAGUAACAGACCAAAGCAAGUACCACUGCAAGAACUGCGAGGUGGAAGGCCACGCAGCAUGGAGUCGCGACUGCCCGACGUUCACAAACAAAUGGGAAAGCUACAAGAACCGCAACGAGGAUGCUAAGUACCGAUUCUUCCUGACAGAUGAUCCACUUACAUGGGAAACCAUAAACGAUCCAUCUCGGUCAGGGGACGAAGACGUGAACCAAGACCACCGUCAGCAACCAUGUCCACAACACCAACAACGCUUCCCACCUCCAGUCGACUGA